AUGGUCUUGUUCUUUACAUCUAAUGUUGCGAACCCACCGGUCACCCUCUACAUGGGUCGGGACAAGGUUGAGAACGAGGACUUGAUCAAGUACGCUUGGCCCCAGGAUGUGUGGUUCCAUGUCGAUAAACUGUCUUCUGCUCACGUCUAUCUCCGAAUGCCGGACGGGAUGUCUUGGGAGGGCAUUCCUGAGGAUCUUCUCACCGAUUGCGCGCAGCUGGUAAAGGCAAACUCGAUCGAAGGCAACAAGAAAGAUAACUUGACGAUCAUCUACACGCCAGCCGACAAUCUGAAGAAAACAGGGGACAUGGCAGUGGGUCAAGUUUCAUUCCACAGCGACAAGAAGGUCAAACGAGUUCAUGUCCCAAAACGGGAAAAUCCCAUCGUGAAUCGUCUCAAUAAAACCAAGGUCGAAAAGGUCGUCGAUCAUGAACAGGAAAAAAUCGACCGAAUAAAGAAGGAAUCGGCGAUCAGGAGAGCUGCUGCCGCUCAGAAGAAGAAGGCUGAUGCUGAGCUGGCCAAGCAACGAGAGGCCGAAAAGGCCGCCAAGUCCUACGACUCGUUGUUCGAAGUCGAGGAAGACUUCGAUGCGAACGCGCCGCGCAAGACUGGCCGCGAACUUGAGGAAGACUUCAUGUAA